AUGGAGGCUGGGCUGCUGGGUGCCCUCCUGGGCAUUCUCACUGUGUCCCGGCUGCAGGUGGAACCAGUCAUGGUGGUCCUGGACCAGCAGAAGAUGGCCGGCUUCUGGCGGGAAGCUGGAGUGGCCUCCAACCACAGCCUGGCGCUGAACGCUCCGAACCGGGUGGAGGGCCUGCUGCUUGCCUUUAACGGUAGCAGCCUGGUCGUGGAAGCCGCAUACAACAACUCAGGGAGCUGCAAGGUGGACACAGCUCUGGGCUUGGAGACCGACGUGGUGGGGAAGUUCAUGUUUCCUGGCCACAGGGAGAUCUGGGUGCUGGACACAGACUAUGAGGGCUAUGCCAUCCUGCGGGUGUCCAUGCUGUGGCAGGGGCGGGACUUCUCCGUGAUCAAGUACCUGACUCGCAACCUGGAGAGCGAGGACAUGGCUGGCUUGUGGCGGUUUCGGGAGUUGACCACACACACUGGCCUCUACCUGUUUCCCCGGCAGGGGAAGUGUGCCAGGAUGCUGAAGAAGGUGAGCCCCGGCCUGGCUGGGCCACUGUGA